AUGUCGGAUUCGGAUUCGUUUUGUUAUUUAUUAAAUGUCAUAUCUACCAAUGGAAACAGGAUGGAAUCCUUGAGGGGUAAUGGCUCUCUAAGGAGUAUGAAAUUCCUAAGGAAGGAUGGACUUUUAUCAAGAAUGGACUCCUUAAAGAGAAGUGGAAUCCCUAAGAAAGGAUGA